UUAAAUUGAUCUGAUUUGGCGGGAAACUAAUAAACUUAGGUUAAUAUUUAUAUUUUGCAAUUUUGGUUAAUACAUAUGUGAAAAAAUACUUUUGAAAUUUAUAUAAAAUAGAAAGGGUAUACUGAUUAUUUGUACGAGAAUGGCAGAUGAGAAAAUUAAGAAAAAAUUGCAAAAUGCAUUUAAGUUGAGCGGUUUCAAUGUUAGACGGGAAUUCUGUGAACUUAUAUUACAAACAUUUAGUACAGAAGGAGUAGAUUUAAGUGAUAAUUCAACAUUUGAUACAAACUUAAGCACCUUGUGUAAUAGUUUAGAAAGUCAAUGCAGUUUUGAAAAGAGUAUUGAGUUAGAAAAUAUACAAAAAGCUAUUAAAUCAUGUUUUUAUAGUGGGUGUGAUACCAAUGAAUCGAUUUUUAAUGUUAUAAAUGCAUUUGACUUCCCCAAACUUAGUUACAAUCCUGACCGUAAACAGUAUUAUUUAGAAAAAACAAAAUCAGUAAUUUUAGCAGAGGCUGAUGUUAAGGCAAAGUUAUUUUUGGAAAGAUAUACCACAGUGCUUCAAAGAACUAAAAGAAAUUUUCAUCUAAAAGGAGAUAUACAGCUGCAAACUGUGGACUAUUUGUUAACAAUUUCCACUAUUACAUUAGAUAGAGUUUUAAUUUUAGGCGCUUUGUUUCAAGUUUCUGAAGGAAAGUGGCAUUUGGAAGAUCCAACUGGAAUGGUGGAGUUAAAUCUACAACAUGCUAAAUUUCAGAUAGGAUUUUUUAGUGAAAAUACCCUAGUUUUAGUAAAUGGUUGUUAUGAAGAUCGCAUUCUUCUGGUCUCUUCAAUAGUGCUACCCCCUGGUGAAGAUUAUAAAAGUUCAAGACCAGUCUUUGGAAAUAUCAAUUACUUUGGAGGGAGUUCAAAUUUACAGUUACGGGAGUCAGCAAGUUUAAAGCAGUAUAUGACACAAAACAAAAAUAAGUUCAUGUUAUUUUUUUCUGAUGUAUGGUUGGAUUAUCCUCAGGUUUUUGAAAAACUCGAACAACUGUUUAAUGGAUUUGAAGAAUACCCUCCAUUAGCUUUUAUUUUUAUGGGAAAUUUUAUGUCGAAUUCCCAUGGUAGUGAAAACAUGGAAGUAUUGAAGAAACUGUUUAAGAGAUUAGGAGAACUUAUUUUUAAAUUUCCUAAUGUAUCGCAGGAAAGCCAAUUCAUAUUUGUGCCCGGUUUGACCGAUCCGUGUUUGACGCAUAUUGCUCCAAGAUUUGCCCUACCAGAUUAUGUAACGACCGAUUUCAAGAAACUCUUGCCCAAAGCUACAUUUACAACAAAUCCAUGUAGAAUCCAGUACUGUACUAGAGAAAUUGUAGUAUUUAGAGCAGAUCUUAUGCCAAAGUUUUUGCAAGGUACUCUACACAAACCAAAGAAGGAAGAACUUUCUGAAUCUAUGAGGAGAACUAUCAUAAGUCAAGGACAUUUGUGCCCAUUAUCUUUAAAUGCAUUACCAGUCCAAUGGGAUUUUGAUUAUUGUAUGAGAUUGUAUCCUCUGCCUGAUUUAGUAGUUAUUGGAGACAAGUAUGAAUCAUAUAAUGAAAAUAAUAAAGACUGUCGUGUCAUCAAUCCAGGUCCUUUUUGUGAAAGCGGUUUCCAAUUUUUAUCAUAUAUUCCAUUUACAAAUACUGUUGACGACUGUGCCUUAUAGCUUUUAGUAAACUUUUAACAUUUAUUUAUACAAUCAAUAUAAAUAAUAAUUUUUAUUUGUUUUAAAUAAAAUUAUAUUUUAUAAAAAAUGAGAAAACUAGUGUGAAGAAAUAAAAUAAUUACAUUACUGUUAA